AUGCCUUUGCCCUCCUCUGACAAUCAAACGUCUUUCACAGAGUGCAUCCUGCUGGGAUUUAUCAAUAUCAAGCAAGGAAAGAUUUUCCUCUUUGUUUUCUUGCUCACAUUGUAUACUAUCUGCUUCUUAGGGAACUCAUUCUUAAUCACUGUGGUACUCCUAAAUCAGACUCUUCACACACCUAUGUAUUUCUUUCUUGGCAACCUCUCUUUCUUAGAUAUCUGUUACAUUUCUGUGACUGUACCCAAAAUGCUAGCAGGUCUUUGGACUGAAUCUCCAAGCAUUUCCUUCCUGGGUUGUGCAGCACAGAUGUAUUUUUUUGUCACCUUAGUGGGCACUGAGGGUUUCCUUCUGGCCUCUAUGGCUUUGGACCGUUACUUUGCCAUAUGUUGCCCACUUGCUUACACCAGUCUCAUGAAUAAAUGGAUUUGUUUGCAGCUGUCUGUGAUAUCCUGGAUUUGUGGGUUUCUCAAUGCUUCUCUUCACACAACCCUCACAUUCCACCUGUUUUUCUGCCAGUCUAAUAAGAUUAAUCAUUUCUUCUGUGACAUCCCUCCAUUGCUGAGUAUUUCAUGUUCAGACACAUCAGUAAAUGAAGUUGCCCUUCUCACAAUAGGUGUCUUUGUAGGACUUAGCCCUUUUUUCUUUACUCUGUUCUCAUAUGCUUUCAUCCUUCAUGCCAUUUUGAGUAACCAGCAGAAAGGGAAGAGUCACAAAGCAAUUUCAACAUGUGUAUCUCACCUGACAGUUGUUAUUUUAUUCUAUGGCUCCAGCAUAUUUACAUAUGUCCGCCCUACUUCUAGCUACUCACUAGAAAGAGACCAGUUUGUGGGAGUUUUAUACAGUGUCUUAACACCAACACUCAAUCUACUCAUCUACAGUCUACGGAACAAGGAAGUGAAACUGGCAAUGAGGAAACUGAGAGCUAAAGCAGGCACCAACGCUGGCCCAGCACCGAGCACACUGGACGACGGGCCUGUUCCCACAUCCAAGCCAACAAGCCCUACAGCUCCUCCAGUCAUAGUCACAGCAGACCUGCCCUCCAAAAUAGACGAACGGGUCAGUAUACCUGCCUCUGGAUGGCUGCCAAGUUUCCGGAUAACGGAGAACCCACCAAAACUACUGAGGAGUCGAAGGUCCCACUGGGAGUCAGCAUCGAGAGACGGAGAGGGGGGUCCCCGCUACAUCAUCACGCCACAGAAGUGGAAGCCCUGCACCUCGACCACGCUAAUGGAUGAGGCAGCAGGACGUUUUGGGAACCUGUUUACCGGGUUGGGAGACAGGGGAGAGGAGAUCGGGGAUGACCGGAACAGCGGGCCAAUCGGAGACGAAGAAGGGUCCCCCAAAGGGGGAGAGGACAUCCAGCUGCUGAGGAACGAGAUGCGAAUAUGGGUGUGA